AGCGCCAUGGUCAAUAUUGGACUCAGCAAAGUGGAUGAUGCAAUUGUAGCAAAGCACCCGGGCUUGCAGCAGUAUGUUGCCUGUCAGUCUUAUGCCUUUAUGAAAGGCACAGCAAGCUUCAUACUAGGCACAGUGGGUAUAUUUUUUGGACAGAGAGCACUUCAGAAAAUAAUCAAAUAUCCCCUUCAGUGGAACCUUUUUGUAUCUAUUGUUUCUUCCUCUGUAUUCAGCUAUUCGGUAACUCGCUGGGAAACCAUGAAGUGUUCCGAUGUCUGGUUAUUUCUUGAGACAGGAAAUAUUCCUGACAGAAACUCUGACAAGGAAGAACCAGAAACUUCUGCUGAUUCUACAACCACACAACAUGAGGAUGUGCUGGAAUAAAGACCUUUGUGCCAUAGUCUGAGUGGCAGAUAAGAUACUGUUACUUUAAUAAAUCAGGGAGUUGAAUGACAUGAUUUCAGUAAUAAGUUUAGCCUUUCAAAUCAAAUUGUGUGUGUGUCAGUGAAUAAUUCACAUAUAUAGGAUGUAUUAUUACUUAUCUGGGUUGCACAAUAAAAUAUGUUUAU